AUGCUGGGAACACUGUGGAGGGAUCAGACUAACCCAGACUGCUUUAUCUCCCCAAACUGCACAGACUUUGAAGAUAUUUUAACUACAAUUUACUUCUUGCUGGAGAAGAAUCCACAUGCUCAGUUCUGGACUACUUAUCAAGUCCGAAGUGCUGACUGGUCUAUCGAGGCUCUGCUCUGUAAAUGGAACCUGAGGAGCAUCCACGUUCCCCUACACUCCUUUGGUGCAGACAAGGAGCACUUGGCCAGCUCGUCUCUCCCAGGAAGGCACACAAUUGAAAUGAUGAUCAUCUCACUGGCACAGUCAGAGGGCACUUCAGUUUAUUCCACUUUAGGUUCCAGUACAAGGUGACACUCAGCUGUUCUGAUCUGCAGAAAACAGUCCUGUUUACAGCAAACCUUGUGUGUAUUUCUGGGAAGCAGUUAAUUCUUAAAACAUGCAUUGUAAAAAUAAAGCUGUUUGGUUUUUUCCA